UUAAAAAAAUAGAAGUUUGUCGACAACUGUUGAUGUCUCGUAGAGUAGACAAAGCUACUCAUUUUGUGUCUUCUGUUUAUCUUGGAGCCAAGACCGAUACUUACUCUAUUAUGAAGACAGCAGAAACGACAAAUGAGACAGGUGUAAAUGCAGAAGCUGCAGUGGCAGCAGCAGCCUUGUCGUUUGGUAGGCAAAAGCAAUCUGAAUAUGCACGCAAAAACAGGGUCAGUGGUAGAGUUGACACAAAAGAUACCUCAGUACAAAUAACAGAUGGUGACACAAAGAUCAGUCGUGCUCAAGAGAAGGUCAUUCUGGUUAAAUUCUCUCCCAUCAGUGGCCUUGUUGGUGAAAUGUGGAAAGAUGCUCUAGAGAUGGCAUGCCGACUUCAACUUCAAUUUGAACCAGGAGAUGAACGUGUUCCAUGCUUUUUGGAGACCAGUGAAUGUUGGCUAACAGUAACAAGACAACAUUACAUUGUUGCUACAAAAAAUCCCACAAAGGAAAGUUGUUUCUACAUUAAUCAAUUGAAACGAGGCUGCAACCCAACAUUCAGGAUUGAAUACCAAACAGUCUCUGACAACAAAUGGCAGUACGUCUCUCUACCUGAAAAAGAUGCAGAAGCACAUCUGACUCAAGCUAAAGACAAGACUGUUGAAUUUACCCUAAUUAAUGCAGACAAUAAACAAAGUGCUGCUGAGAUGACAGCGUGGCUUGAGGGUAAAGAAUCGUUUCUGCUUGGGCAAAAAAAGAGUAUCAUUUUCAACAAUGACAUGUAUCUGUCUGUCAAACACAACACACUUCUAGCAUAUAGACCGGAAAAGGAGAAGUAUAAGGUAACGUGUUGUUCUAAAACAACAUCAACUCAACACCACACAUCAUUUGUUGUCCACCGUUUAGAUGAAUAUAUAGCAAGGAAACAUUGACAAAUCAAUUUCCAUAGUGAAACAAUAACCAGUAAAUUGCAGUAAUUAAUGAAUAAAAAUAUAUAUGUCUAAGAUAAUACGCUCUCUUCUCUCUGCCUACUUUCCUUCAUCGCGAGCAGAAAGCAGGCUACCUCCACUAAC